AUGGAAGUGGACUCUAAAGUUAUGGUAAAACGUAAAAUCUUUACUAAUUGUUAAUAGGCCUUUUCCUUGCAUUUUAGUCUGAAAACUGGAUUCUUAAAGUGGAAACCAGAUUAUGACAGUGCAGCUACCGAAUAUGGGAAGGCAGCUGUUGCUUUUAAGAAUGCCAAGCAGUUUGACCAGGCAAGGGAAGCCUGUUUACGGGAAGCUGAGGCACAUGAAAACAAUAAAGCUCUCUUCCAUGCUGCCAAAGCUUAUGAGCAAGCUGGCAUGAUGCUAAAGGAGAUGCAGAGACUCCCUGAAGCAGUUCAGCUGAUCGAGAAAGCCAGUAUGAUGUACCUGGAGAACGGGACACCAGAUACAGCAGCUAUUGCACUGGAACGGGCUGGAAAGUUAAUAGAAAAUGUGAGCCCAGAGAAGGCUGUGCAGCUCUAUCAGCAAGCAGCAUCAGUGUUUGAAAAUGAAGAACGUUUACGGCAAGCAUUAGAAAUGCUAGGGAAGGCAUCAAGACUUCUAGUCAGAGGACGCAGAUUAGAUGAGGCUGCAUUGUCUCUUCAAAAGGAAAAAAGUAUUUAUAAGGAAAUUGAAAAUUACCCAACAUGCUAUAAGAAAACUAUUGCUCAAGUCCUAGUUCAUCUUCACAGAAAUGAUUAUGUUGCCGCAGAAAGAUGUGUGAGGGAAAGCUAUAGUAUACCAGGAUUUAAUGGAAGUGAAGACUGUGCAGCACUAGAGCAACUUUUAGAAGGGUAUGACCAGCAAGAUCAGGAUCAAGUUUCUGAAGUCUGUAAUUUGCCACUCUUCAAAUACAUGGACAAUGAUUAUGCCAAGCUUGGUCUUACCUUGGUGGUCCCAGGAGGUGGAAUCAAGAAGAAAUCGCCAAAUGCUGCACAAGACAAAGCAAGAGGACCAGCCGCAGUGGGCUCUCAUGCUGAUGAGGAAGAGGAUGAAUAUUCUGGUGGACUGUGCUAACUACAGACAUAGGUUGUCUUAAAUAUCUGAUUUAUUUGUGAUGUUGAGCAUAUCCAAAGGUACCAGAUUUACCAGAGCUUCAUUGCAAUUGUGGUAUGGGAAUGAUAAUACUAACCUGGCAGCUUCUGGGUACAAUACAGGAGAAAAAGCAUCAUUGUGCCUAUCAUCUUGAAACAUCUUUGGAACUCAUUUCUUACCUGGUAGGAGCUUCCUUCAGUUGAUGGGAAAAAUUCGAAAGAAAUUUUUACUAAAAGCACAGUUUAAAAGAAACCAAAACCCCAGAAGCACUGGAGUAGGGAGAGUGGUACAAAAUUUUAAAUGCUGGAUUUCAACAGCUGAUGCUUUUUGGUCCCCGUAAUAUGUUUGUGACUGUUUUCUGAGUUAAAUAUACGAUCAUUCAUCUGGCUAUUUAUCUCCUGUUUAGCACCAUUUAAGGCAGACUGUGCCAGGCAGGAUUUUUCACUAGUAUAAGCACUAGGGGGAGCAUUCAGUUUAUUUUCAACAUGUUUUUACUCCACUGUGGAAUAUUAUUUUAAUAUCUUAUUCUUUGCAAGCAGUAUCCGUGUGGGUGUGGAAAAUACUAAGUCAACUAGUUUGAAGCUAUCUUGCAAGCUUCAAAGUACACACGCAUCUUUCAUCUUAGCAAUUUAUUGACCUGAAGUCUUUGGAAAUAAAUGUGUGCAUAGUGUUUGUAAUGUACAGCUUGGGAAUGGAAGGAGAGGACGACCUUUCUUAACGGUGUUUCUGAAGCAUGCCAUAACCAAAAAAGAAAUUGAAUGUAGCAGAUAACGUGCAUUGAAUAUAAAGCUCUGAAGACAAUGUUUAACAAAAACUUAGGUGGAAUGUUUCAGUGAUAUGUUUGAGUUCAUGAGCGGUCUAGGUGUUUAUUUACUAAUCAAUAUGCUAGUCUAUGAAGAAGUCUAUUUCAUUCUUUCAUAUUUUCAAAGCAUAGAACAGCUAUCUCUUACAAACGGCAUUUUUCAAACUAGCUCAGAAUCCAAAGUAACCAAAUUUUAAUGCAUCUUCUCUUAUUUUUAUUUGGUUUCACGUCAUCAUGUGUUUUGCAAGCUUCUGUAGUGUCUUAAGUUGACCAUUUUAUGCUUAAAAGUUGACAACACUGGAAGCUGUACCUGUGGUCUGUUUCUUCAGAAGAACCUAAUCGAGACUGCACUAGGGUGAGAUCACUUGGAAUCCAGCAGGGAUUUGUGUGUGACACAUGAUGCCCAAAGUUCAAUAAACAGUAGACCAAAAGCA